GAGAGCCCAUUUUUGAAAAAAAGGAUAGGAAAGAAUAGUUAGAAUUGAACAGAAAAAUGUUAAAUUAACUUGACAAAAUUUCCAUCAGACUUAUUGGAUAAUCUUGAAAAAGAUUUAUUAAUGAAAAUGUUAUCUGAAAAUCCAGCAUUUCAAUGGUCAGCAAAUAAUCUAUUGUAACUUAAGUUUUUGUAUCUGAAGAUUCUUUAGAAAGUGAAGUAGAAUUCUAUAAAUUAAAUAAGAUAUCAAUUUAUGAAUUUGAUAAAAUAUUGGUCUUUAGAAAUAAAAAAUGGUAACUCUCUUUAAGAAUCCAUUUAUUUAAUUUGGUAAAAAUAUUAGUACAGUUAGAGAUAAAACUUAAACAAUUUCUUUCAGGUAAAGAAAUUGUACUUUAGUAAUGUAAAGUCAUUUAAGAUUUGACAAAUCAUCAUAAGAAUAAUUAAAUACUGAAUAAGUAAAUGGAAUGGGAUCUUUUAAUUUAUACAAAGAUGAAAUAAAUUAAACUAAUCUUUGAAAAUUAUUUAUUUACUCUUUAACAAAGAUUUUAUUGA